AUGAGCUUCUUCCCUGUCCAGGAUAGUUCAGACGGUGAGCGCUUGCUUGUAGGAAGUCUGAAGACCGUCAUUGGACACACCGAGGGCACUGCUGGUAUUGCAGGCUUGUUGAAGGCCUCACUUGCUGUACAGAACGGCGUCAUUCCUCCCAACUUGCUGUUCGAAAACCUCAGUCCCAAGGUUGCGCCCUUCUACAAGAACCUCUCUAUCACUAAAGAGGCUCAGCCGUGGCCAGAACUCAAGCCUGGUCAACCGCGGAGAGCAAGUGUAAACUCGUUCGGUUUCGGUGGCACCAACGCCCAUGCUAUAAUUGAGGAGUACAAGACCUCGGCUUCAAGCACGGGAAUCACGUCGAAGCCAGAGUCUCAGAUCACUUCAGCUGCAUAUGCCUUGCCUCUUGUGCUUUCUGCCAAGUCAGAGCGUUCGCUAAAGAGCCUGAUGAAGCAGACUGCUCAGUUCAUCAAGUCUCACCCGGAUGUCGACAUGCUUGAUCUCUUUUGGACGCUCCUUCGCAAGCGAUCCAUCCUCCCCCACCGCCAGCAUGUCGUUGGAUCUUCCAGGGAAGCUAUCAUACUCGCCUUAGAAAACGCUAUUUCGGAAAACGCCAGCUCAGAGCCCACCUUGCGCUCCUUCACCACCAGCCAGGAGAAGCCCCAUCUCCUGGGUGUGUUCACUGGCCAGGGUGCUCAAUGGCCUGGCAUGAUGAGAUCGCUCAUCUUAGCGAUACCUCAGGUUCGCGACAUCGUGAUUGAGCUUGACCGCUCGCUUCAGACAUUGCCUGUCGAAUACCGCCCUUCUUGGACCCUGUACGAGCAAUUUUUGCUCGAGGAUGAGGCCUCCAAUGUGACUAAAGCCAGCUUUUCUCAACCGCUCUGCUGCGCUGUACAGAUUGUUCUGGUGCGGCUACUGGCAGCUGCUGGUGUUGAGUUCACCACGAUUGUCGGUCACAGUUCAGGCGAAAUAGCGUGCGCCUUCGCUGGAGGCUUCAUCAGCGCCUCGCAGGCCAUCCGAAUUGCUUACCUCCGAGGCCUCACAUCCAAGUAUGCGAGCUCCCCGAACGGGGGCGAGGGAGGCAUGCUUGCGGUAGGAACUUCACUAGAAGAUGCACAGGAGCUGUGCGAGCUGGAGAUGUUCCAAGGCCGUAUCUGCGUUGCUGCUAGCAACUCGCCUGACAGCACCACCAUAUCCGGUGAUGCAGAUGCCCUUGCAGAACUGCAGACUAUCUUGGAGGAUGAGUCCAAGUUUGUCCGCAUGCUCAAGGUCGAUAAGGCUUACCAUUCACACAACAUGCUCUCUUGCUCGCCGCACUAUAUCAAGGCUUUGAAGGACUGUGGCUGCGACGUCGCUGAUGGGGUCGGUUCUUCAGUAGCAUGGUACUCCUCUGUGCAUCAGAACAGACGCAUGAAGGCAAGCGACAUCACCGCCGAGUACUGGAAUGAGAAUUUGGUCUCUUCUGUUCGCUUCAUGCAGGCUAUUGAGGCCGCCGCAAUCGAGCAUAAAUCACUCGAUGCCGCCAUUGAGGUUGCAUGCAGCGUGGUUCCGAUAACGUUCAAGCUUUUGCCAGUGCUGUUAGAUAUCUUUAUGUCGGAUUAG